ACCACUUCAAGUCGUCGAUAUCCAUGGCUCUUGUGAGAGCAGCCGAUCCACAAACCUCCUCUGUUUCCAGUACUUCUGGAUAUUGUCGUUAUCACGUGUUCCUGAGUUUCAGAGGCCAAGACACUCGCAAGACUUUCACUGACCACCUCUACACGGCCCUUGUCAACGCCGGAUUUCGCACUUUCCGAGACUACGAUGAAGUCGAGAGAGGAGAAGGUAUCAAGCCCGAACUGCAGAAAGCAAUCAAACACUCACGAACUUCUGUCAUUGUGCUCUCGAAAGACUACGCGUCAUCCAGAUGGUGCCUUGACGAGCUGGUGAUGAUCCUUGAACGCAAGAGAAAGACCUCAAAUGACCAUGUCGUUUUGCCUGUCUUCUACGAUGUGUAUCCAUCCCAUGUAAAGAAGCAGACAGGAAGUCUUGCAAAGGCAUUUGCUAGACACCAAAAAACUCAACCGCUGCCGAAGGUGAAGGCAUGGAGAGAGGCACUUGCAGAGGUUGCAGAUCUGGCAGGGAUGGUCUUGCAAAAUCAAGCUCAUGGGUACGAGUCAAAGUUUAUCCAGAAAAUAGUUAAAGUGAUUGGAGACAAACUAAGUCGUACACCAUUGAGUGUUGCUCCCAACUUGGUUGGAAUGCAUUCUCAAGUCGAAAGAAUUAAUUUCUGGUUACAACGCAGGUCAACUGAUGUUGGCAUACUUGUAAUCUAUGGGAUGAGUGGAAUAGGGAAAACAACCAUCGCAAAGACUGUUUACAAUUCAAACUUUAGAAUAUUUGAAGGAAGCAGCUUCCUUGAAAAUAUCAAAGAAGUUUCACAGCAACCCAAUGGCUUAGUUCAAAUACAAACACUUCUUCUUUCUGACAUUUUGAAUGGGAGAAAAAUGAAAAUAAGCAAUGUUAGUGAGGGAUUAAUUAAGAUUGAAGAUGCAAUAAGCUCUAAAAGGGUUCUUCUUGUUCUCGAUGAUGUGGAUCAUACGGACCAAUUAGAUGCAGUAUUUCAAAUGAAAGAUCAAAUUUAUCCGGGAAGUAAAAUCAUCAUAACAACUAGGCGUGCAAGACUGUUAAAGGCUCAUCAAGUUACUGAGGUGUAUGCAGUUGAAACUUUGACUCAAGAAGAAUCACUGGAGCUCUUCAGUUGGCACGCUUUUGGCCAAGACCAUCCCAUUGAAGAUUACAUAGAAUAUUCAGAGAAGCUAGUCGAUCAUUGCGGAGGACUUCCAUUAGCUCUCAAAGUUUUUGGUUCUUCUUUGUUGGGGGAAAGUGUAUGUCUAUGGAAAAGUGCAUUGGAGAAGUUAGAAGUUAUUCCAAAUGGUGAAAUAAUAAAUAAACUAAGAGUAAGCUAUGACUCUUUGCAAGAUGACCAUGACCAAAAAUUAUUCCUCCACAUUGCUUGCUUCUUUAUCGGAAUGGACAAAGAUUACAUUGCUAAAAUACUAGAUGGAUGUGAUUUCUAUACAAUUGUUGGCAUUCAAAAUCUCAUCGAUAGAUGUUUGGUGAUUAUUGAUGGAUGGGACAAGGUGCAGAUGCACGACCUGAUUCGUGGAAUGGGAAGAGAAAUUGUUCGCUUAGAAUCAAAGGAGCCUUGGAAGCGUAGUAGAGUAUGGCAUCAUAAGGACUCUUUCAAAAUCUUGACGGAAAAGAAUGGUACGGAAACAAUUGAAGGUCUUGUCCUCGACAUGCACAUGUGCCCUACUAUAAACUCAAAUGAGAAAGUCUUGGAAACCAAUGCAUUUUCACGGAUGCAGGAACUAAAACUACUCCAUCUUAGUCAUGUAAAACUCUGCGGAUGUUACGCAAAAUUUUGUAGUGGACUAAGAUGGUUGUGUUGGCUUGAAUUUCCUUUAGAUUCUAUACCCGUUGAUUUUCCUUUGGGAAGCAUUAUUGUUCUUGAAAUGCAAUACAGCGGUCUGAGACAAGUAUUCAAGGGAACAAAAUAUCUUCCGUCCUUGAAGACCCUUGAUCUCAGCCAUUCUCAUUCCCUUACAGAAACCAUUGACUUCUCAUAUUGCCCAAAUCUAGAGAAAUUGGUUCUAGUAGACUGCACGAGCCUGAUUUAUCUCCAUGGAUCCAUUGGAAACCUAGAGAGACUUAUUUACUUGAAUAUGAAAGAUUGCAAAAAGAUUAGGUUGCUUCCCAAGAACAUUUGUAUGCUAAAAUCACUUGAAACAUUUAUUAUAUCUGGUUGCUCAAAUCUAAAGGAGUUAUCAAUUGAGAUGUUGAGGAACAUGGACUCGUUAAAAGUGCUUGAGACAGAUGGAAUUCCGAUAAAUGAGUUAUGGCUAGAAAGAAGUUUGAGUAUCUCGUGUUCUUUACCAUUCUCUUUAGUAGAAUUAAGUCUUUGGGGGUGCAAUCUUUCGGAUGAUGCCUUUCCUAUGGAUUUUAAUAAUAUGUCGUCAUUGCAAAGAUUAAAUCUAGGGAAUAAUCCAAUUUGUAGCCUACCAAAUUGUAUCAAAGGAUUAGCGAGGCUCGAUAAACUCUCUUUUUCCAUGUGUACAAGUCUCAAAUCGCUUCUGGGGUUACCAAAAGUAAACAACUUGGAUAUUGUAGAUUGCAUUUCAUUGGUGAAAAUAACAUAUCAAUCCCGUCGCGCAGAGGCCGCCACAUCAUUUAAUAGCAACAACCUAGUUGAGUGGCAGUACAAGUUCAAGUUACUAGCCAUUGAAAGUGUAGAUACAGACAACAAGAUCGUUGGAUUGUGCAACUUGUUGGAAUCAAUGGCACCCAUUUUACAAAAGGAUGAUCCAAUUCCCGUCCAGGGACUGGACGAAUGUGGUAUAUUCGGCAUAUUUUUUGGUGGGAAUGAGGUUCCUGGCCAAUUCAGCCAUAAAAGCAGAGGGUCCUCAAUAUCUUUUACUGUGCCAUUACUUGAUAAUCACAGAACUCGAGGCUUGAUUUUCUUUGUUGUCUAUUCGAAUGCUGGCUAUGAUAUCCAACACAAUUGUUUGCCACAUAUAAGAGUCAAAAAUAAGAGCAAGGGUCUGAGGGGGGCGUAUGAACCAUCACACUACGGUAUUCCAGAUGAAGGAGAAGACAUGAUAUGGUUAAGCCACUGGAGUGUCGAGGAUGAUCAGUUACAAGGGGGCGAUGAAGUGGUUGUUUCUGUAAUUAUGAAAUCUGGGCUUCUGGUUAAGGAGUUGGGCAUCCGACUUGUGCAGGUGCAACAAGAAGAGAAUCAUAAUAUGAUGAGUAUUUCUACAGAUUCUUCUUAUGAUCCAAUAUCGUUCAGUAUGAUCCUUGGGGACUCUGAUGAAGAAGGUAAGGCAGAGGAGGUUUUCUCUCGUUUUGUAUGUUUACCAGACGAAGAAGAAGAGCAACAGGAUGAUAUCACAGUUACAACCACCACAGGCAGCAAUAACUCCGGCGUCCUCCGUGGCUGGAAGGUGCUCGUCACCGCAGCUUGCUUCUUUCUCACCCUUUCUCUAAUCACUCGGUCUUCUCUCUCAGGCAGAAAGAAGGGACCGUCCACAAGCCCUGGAUGAAUUUUUUGUACAUCUCAACAGCAGACUAUUUGUUUUUGCAUACAUCCAAUGUCAUUUCGUAGCAUCAAAUGCAUCUUCUUCAGAGAUAUUUUUAUUGACCCCAUUUGUUCAGUUUUAACAUAUCUUUGGGCUGGAUAACUGAAGUGGCCCAACCCAGAUUGUGAGAUUA